GAGGCGUUCCUGGGCGGGGACUCGAGGCCGGUUUGGAAUUUUUGGCGCGAGUUGGCUCCGCGGGCGUUCACGGGCCGUUCCCCCGCCGGAGGGUCCUCUCGUCCCGGCGCGGAGAGCUGUCGACGGCCGGCCCGGCCCUCCUGACCGCCCCGAGGGUGCCCCGCGGCCUCGGCGGACCCGGAGUCGGGACCUCGCGGAGCGGCGCCCCGCCCACCUGCGCCAGGUGCUCGUGUCUCCACAGCCUCCAUGUUUAAAGGAGAACAUGUGUGAGGAGUAGACGCGGCUUCUUCCACAGCCUCUCUGGGGCCACAGGACAAGGAACUGUUGGAGUAGACACGUUGCUCUGUACUCUGCCUCUCAGUGCCUCCUGUGCUGGCCAUGCCUGUGCCCACAGAGGGCACCCCACCACCCCUGAGUGGCACCCCGACCCCAGUCCCAGCUUACUUCCGCCAUGCAGAACCUGGUUUUUCCCUCAAGAGGCCCAGGGGGCUUAGUCAGAGCCUUCCGCCCCGGCCCCCUGCCAAGGGCAGCAUCCCCAUCAGUCGCCUCUUCCCUCGGACCCCAGGCUGGCACCAGCCCAAACCCCGGAAGGUGUCAUUUCAAGGCAAAGCCUCUGGGCCCCUGCAGAGCCCCAGUUACGACCCAAGCCGGCCGGAGUCCUUCUUCCAACAGAGUUUCCAGAGGCUGGGCCGCCUGGGUCGUGGCUCCUAUGGAGAGGUCUUCAAGGUGCGUUCCAAGGAAGAUGGCCAGCUCUAUGCCAUAAAGCGUUCCAUGUCACCAUUCCGGGGCCCCAAGGACCGGGCCCGAAAGCUGGCUGAGGUCAGUGGCCAUGAGAAGGUGGGGCAGCACCCAUGCUGUGUGCGGCUGGAGCGAGCCUGGGAGGAGGGCGGCAUCCUGUACCUGCAGACAGAGCUGUGUGGGCCCAGCCUGCAGCAGCACUGUGAGGCCUGGGGCACUGGCCUGCCUGAGGCCCAGGUCUGGGGCUACCUGCGGGAUACCCUCCUCGCUCUGGCCCACCUGCAUGGCCAAGGCCUGGUCCACCUUGACAUCAAGCCUGCCAACAUCUUCCUGGGGUCCCGGGGCCGCUGCAAAGUGGGUGACUUUGGGCUGCUGGUGGAGCUGGAUGAAUCUGGAGCUGGUGAGGCCCAGGAGGGAGACCCCCGCUACAUGGCCCCCGAGCUGCUGCAGGGCUCCUAUGGGACAGCAGCCGAUGUGUUCAGUCUGGGUCUCACCAUCCUGGAAGUGGCGUGCAACAUGGAGCUGCCCCAUGGUGGAGAGGGCUGGCAGCAGCUGCGCCAGGGCUACUUGCCCCCUGAAUUCACUGCCGGCCUGUCUUCUGAGCUGCGGUCUGUCCUCAGCAUGAUGCUGGAGCCUGACCCCAAGCUGCGGGCCACAGCUGAGACCCUGCUGGCCCUGCCUAUGCUCAGGCAGCCACAGCCCUGGAGUGUCCUGUGGUACAUGGCUGCUGAAGCCCUGAGCCGAGGGUGGGCCCUUUGGCAGGUAAGACUGGUGAAGGUAACAGACUACCCUGCUUCUGGCCCUGGAUUCUGUCCAGCCUCCCUUGGCCCCCUGUCCCCACAGGCCCUGCUUGCCCUGCUGUGCUGGCUCUGGCAUGGGCUGGCUCACCCUGCCAGCUGGCUACAGCCCCUGAGGCCUCCAGCCACCCCGCCCAGCUCGCCAUCCUACAGCUUCCUCCUGGACAACAGCCACUCCAGCAACUGGGAUGACGACAGCAUAGGACCCUCAUUCUCUCCAGAGGCCAUCCUGGCCAGGACUGCCAGGAGCACCUCCUCCACUCCCCAGAGGAGGCAAACACUGAGGGAUGACCUGGACCUAAGUGACAUUGACUCAGAGUCCCCUCAGGGCUCCUUCCCCUCCUUUGAGCCUCGGAACCUCCUCAGCCUGUUUGAGGACUCACUGGGCCCAACCUGAGCCCAUUGCAGCCUUGGUGCUUUUAACCUUUUAGCUCCUUCCCCCAUCCUGGAGGUUGGGGUCCCUCUGGGCACUCCCGUGGUCCCUUCUGCCUGGCCAUGUCUAAUAAAAGAUAUCUGAAUCUUGGGAGCACCCAAGCUUGCUUGCAUGGCAA